AUGGCGACAAGAAUCAAAAUGCUCUUGUCUCUUGCCAUCUGUGCCGUCCUCGCACUCGUGCACCUUCCGUUCACCACGGCUGGCGGCGGCGAGGUGGCGGCGCCAUUUGACUACAAGAAGGCGCUCCACAGCAGCCUCCUCUACUUCGAGGCACAGCGAUCGGGCCGCCUGCCGCACAACCAGCGCGUCAAGUGGCGCGGCCACUCUGGCCUCGCCGACGGCCUACAGCAGGGCGUGGACCUCGUGGGCGGGUACUAUGACGCCGGCGACAACGUCAAGUUCGGCCUGCCGAUGGCGUUCACGGUCACCAUGCUGUCGUGGAGCGCCAUGGAGUUCGCGGACGACAUCACUGCCGCCGGCGAGUGGCGGCACGUGCUGGAGGCCAUUAAGUGGGGCACCGACUACUUCGUCAAGGCGCACACCGAGCCGUACGUGCUCUGGGCCGAGGUUGGCGACGGCGACACCGACCACUACUGCUGGCAGCGGCCCGAGGACAUGACCACGUCGCGGCAGGCCUACAAGGUCGACCGCGACAACCCUGGCUCAGACCUCGUCGGCGAGACCGCCGCCGCGCUGGCCGCCGCCUCCAUGGUGUUCCGCCGCUCCAACCCCCACUACGCACAAGUUCUCCUCCACCACGCCGAGCAGCUGUUCGAGUUCGGGGACAAAUACAGGGGAAAGUACGACAGUAGCAUCGGCGAGGCGUAUAGCUACUACGCGUCGGUGAGCGGGUACGGCGACGAGAUCCUUUGGGCGGCGCUGUGGCUGCACCGGGCGACGGGGAAGGCGAGCUACCUGGACUACGCCGUGGACAUGGCCGACGAGUUCGGCGGCACCACCUGGGCCAUCACGGAGUUCAGCUGGGACGUCAAGUACGCCGGCCUCCAGAUCCUCGCCACCAAGGUGCUGCUGGAAGGGAAGCACCCGGAAUACAAGGCGACGCUGGAGAAGUACAAGGCCAAGGCGGAGCACUACCUCUGCGCCUGCCUCAACAAGAACGGCGACGCCGGCAACGUCAACCGCACCGCCGGCGGCAUGCUCUUCGUCCGGCAGUGGAACAACAUGCAGUACGUCACCAACGCCGCCUUCCUCCUCACGGUCUACUCCCGCUACCUCACCUCCGCGGGCCAGGAGCCGCCGGUGCUGCAGUGCCCCGACGGGCCGGCACACGCCGACGAGCUGCGGUCCCUGGCACGAGCGCAGACCGACUACGUCCUCGGCGCGAACCCUGCCGGCGUGAGCUACUUGGUCGGGUUCAUCGGGUGCAUGCAGGGGUACGACAACUGGUUCCUCCGGAGGGGGGCGAACCCAAACGUGGUCAUCGGCGCCAUCGUCGGCGGGCCGGACCACCUCGACCGGUUCAGGGACAGGCGCGACAACUACAUGCAAACGGAGGCGUGCACGUACAACACCGCGCCCAUGGUUGGCAUCUUCGCACACUUGCACGGCGAAACGGCCAUCACGAAGAAAAGCUGAACAGGAAGAAGUUCUAAGAUUAGUGUGAAGUUUUACAAAACUGGUCUAGGAUGUUUUUUGUUGGUUUAGUUAACUGCUUAGAUUGUUCAUAUUGGUAGAGAAAGUAGAGAGUGCAGAGUAGUGGUGUAUGUGGUUUGCAAACAAGAUGAAUAGACUGCAUGGCAUUUU